GAACUGAAGACCGCACAGCCGACCCAAACGUUCUUGGCAUUAGCAUACCAACCACCACAUAGCUUUAAACUCACACAAACGACUCUUUAUUUUGUUCUGUAUUUUAUUAUGACUGGCCCGGAUAUUUACUCAGAAUAUUUAGCAGGCUGCUGUUCCAAAAUACUGUUCAGAAGAUUCUGAAAACAGCAGAGCUUGGCAGUGCAGUGAUAUUAAUUAUCUCACUGCCAAAAUGCCGGACCCCUCGCAGUUGGAAUCAUGUUGCAAAACUGUUGUUAGCAAAGCUAUAGCCAGGCAGGCAUGUUUGCUACUAUACAGAAUCAGAAACAUCACAAAACAUCCAGUCAAAUGACAGGAUAGCUUGUCCUGAAUGUUUAAAGGCAGGAUUAUUUUUAGCCUUCGUGUGGUCCUGUGUUUACAAUCAAAAGAUCCCUCCGUCUCCAACCCCGCCGACUCACCGGAGUACUCAACUUCGGCUAUCUAGCUACCUAAGGUAGCUAGCUGGAUAGCAAGAGGUUUCUCCACAACACCAAAGCUCACUUCAUAGCAUCGACCCCCCCCCGCCAUCGUUACCGACGUCCCCCUAGCCGCGGCCGCCAUGGAUCAGGACUUUGGCCACUUUGACGAGCGGGACAAGAUGUCCCGGACCACCCGGAACGCCCGAGCGAACGGGCUGCCCAGCCCCACCCACAGCGCCCACUGCAGCUUCUACCGCACGCGCACACUGCAGGCGCUCACCAACGAGAAGAAGGCCAAGAAGGUGCGCUUCUACCGCAACGGCGACCGCUACUUCAAGGGCAUCGUGUACGCCGUGGCCACCGACCGCUUCCGCACCUUCGACGCCCUGCUGGCCGACCUGACGCGCUCGCUCUCCGACCACAUCAACCUGCCGCAGGGCGUGCGCUUCAUCUUCACCAUCGAUGGGACACGCAAGAUCACCUCCAUGCAGGAGCUCGAGGAAGGAGAGAGCUAUGUCUGCGCGUCGGAGAACUUCUACAAGAAGGUCGACUACACGAAGAACGUCAACCCCAACUGGUCCGUCAACGUCAAGGCCUCGGCCAACCAGAAGGGCCUGCAGUCGCUAGCCAGCGGCAAGGGGGCCGGCGAGGCGAAGGAGAGCAAGGACUUUGUGCGGCCCAAGCUGGUGACGGUGAUGCGCAGCGGCUCCAAACCGCGCAAGGUGGUGCGAGUGCUGCUCAACAAGAAGACGGCCCACUCGUUCGAGCAGGUGCUGACCGACAUCACGGAGGCCAUCAAGCUGGAGAGCGGCGCGGUCAAGAGGAUCUACACCCUCGACGGGAAGCAGGUCACGUGUCUCCAGGAUUUCUUCGGAGAUGACGAUGUCUUCAUUGCUUGCGGCCCGGAGAAGUUCCGCUAUGCUCAAGACGACUUCUCACUGGACGAGAAUGCACACUUUCCCUCCGGGGCCAAAUCCAAGUCUGCCCAGGGUGCACAAAGCCAAGAGUACGGAUCAGCGAAGAUGAAUCCUAAAGGAGUCGCUCAGAGGAGUUUGACCAAGAGCCCCGGACCGGCCCGGCGCACCAAGUCCCCGAUCGAAUCGACCAAUGGGACCGCGUCCAGCAGCCAGCUUUCAACCCCCAUCUCCAAGCAGUCCCCCAUCUCCACACCAACCAGCCCAGGCAGUCUUCGCAAGCACAAGGACCUAUACCUGCCCCUCUCUCUGGAUGACUCUGACUCCAUGGGGGAGUCCAUGUAGACCCCCCCUUUCUGACCCCUGAUUCCAGCUCAGCUGUGCCCCUGCAGAGGCAUCUUUGGUGCUCUCGUCUGACGGACCUCUAUCUCUCCACACUAAGACUGCCUGUCCUCCACAGCACACGGUACUUGGGAAUCGAUCCAGAACAACAAUCGCCACAUUGUUAUUUACAUCUGAGGUGUUGAGGUUUUAUCUUUGUUUCUUAGGGAGCCCUGUUUGGCUUGUGAUACAGUGAUGUAGGCAUUUUUUUUACAUAAACUGAUAAAUUACUUUCCUACAUGAAAUAGUAGACUCUCCAGGCAUUUUUAAACUGAGGAUGAUUAACUGCACAUACUUUUAAGUGCAUGCGGCAUAGUCAUAAAUCUACUUAUGCGGUCACACACACACACACACACACACACACACCAUUGCCUGUUUUCAGCCAGUAAUCUGACAGUUGAAACACUCAAAUGUUUCCCACAAACUACUCAAAUUAUCUAAAAUUAAACUUGGUACGGCAAAUUUUGGAAAAGCGAAACUGGCUGCAAGCUCUCUAUUUACUAGUU